AUGGUCGCCUGCUACCACGGCUUCCAAAGUGUUGUGGCCCUGCUCAGCCGCUGUCCUUUCCUGGAUGUGAACCGGCAGGACAAAGAAGGAGACACUGCCCUCAUGCUGGCUGCCCAAGCAGGCCAUGUGCCUCUGCUGAGUCUCCUGAUCAACUACUAUGCUGGCCUUGACCUGGAGCGCCGGGACCAGCGGGGGCUAACUGCGCUGAUGAAGGCCGCCAUGCGGGACCGCUCCGAAUGCGUGGCUGCCCUCCUCAUGGCAGGUGCAUGGGGCCUGAACCAGGAUGUGUGCCACAGAGGGGCCCCAGCUUCCAGCUGCAACAGGAUGGGACUCUGUGACUUUGCAUGUGCCGACCUGACUGCAGUGGAUCCUGUCCGGGGCAAGACAGCCCUGGAGUGGGCAUUUCUGACCGACAGCUUCGACACAGUGCAAAGGAUCCAGCAGCUGCUGCGGCGGCCCCAAGUGGAGCAGCUCAGCCAUCAUUACCAGCCUGAGUGGCCAGCCUUGCCCGGGCUUGUGGCCCAGGCCCAGGCUCAGGCCGCCCCGUCUUUCCUAGAACGACUUCAGGCCACCUUGAGCCUCCCCUUUGCGCAGUCUCCUCAGGAGGGGGGUGUCCUGGACCACCUUGUGACCGUCACGACCAGCCUGGCGAGUCCUUUCCUCACCACUGCCUGCCGCACCCUGUGCCCUGACCACCCACCUGCACUGGGCACCCGAAGCAAGUCUGUGCCAGAGCUGCUAGGCACUGCCCCGCCCCCUCCCCCAGUACCCCAACUCCCCCAGGAAGUCCCUGGCCCCCGGGUCUUCAUCCCCUACCAGAGCCCUCAGGGUGUAUUGAGCAUGUGCCAUCAGUGGCUCCAGCCCAGAGAUAGUACCGGCCCCAGGCCCCAAGCCCCUAAGAUCCUCCUCUCCAAGGCACCCUCAUCUGGCAUUCAGUGGAAGCCAGAGCCCAGGUCUGCAGGGAAUCGAAGGCUGUCCCUUCCUGUCUGGAGAUACCAGGAGCUCAGGAUGGAGAGGAGGAGGCAGGAGGAGGCCAGGUUGGCACAGAGCCAGGGGACGAUGGGAUAGGCCGGGCUGCGAACAGGUAAUCAGACCCCUCCCUGAGGCUCCUUUGCCCUCUAGAGCCCCUUCUGCCUUCCCAUCCACCUCUGUCUAAGUGACUGUA